AAAAAAAAAAAAAAAAAAACUGAGAGGGAAAUUUCACAGCUAUUCCGGCAUAUUUGUGACGUCUUUUGACUUUUCGGUCCGGACACCUUUGUCUGUACUUGUUUUUCUCGUUUUCUUUCAAAUCAUUCUUCUUCCUCCCAACCCUUUACGCAAAAGCAUGUACAAACAUUUAGAAGAUCGCUUUCCUGGAAGAGAGAAACAAUUAGAACAGUUGUCUAACGUGACUAUUGGCUCCUCAUUGACUGAUUAUUCACCACAAAGUAUAUUUGUUUAUGGUCCUCCUUCCACCGGAAAGACCAGCGUGAUAUCAGAAGUCUUUAAAAACAAUGGAGGAUAUGUCAACUGUGUAGAAUGUUUCACUCCAAGACUUUUAUUUGAACACGCCAUGGACCAACUGAUUCAACACCAACCUGAAUUCAAAAAUAAUUAUACUCGUAGUCGAAAAAUUGAUAACGUACAACAAUUCGUAAAGUGCAUUCGAGAAACCUUUCAAAAAGAUCCCAAGACAAAGUACUUGAUAUUGGAUAGAGCAGAGAGAUUACGUGAUAUGCCAGGCACCAUCUUGCCUGUCUUAUUAAGACUAUCUGAACUGACCGAUGUGAAUAUAUGCGUGGUGUUUAUUUCGAAUAUCGUGUUUGAGAAAUUCAGAGUGAAGCGAGGUGGCAUUGAACCUUUCCUGCUACGAUUUCCCGAAUAUACACGCGAAGACACACUCAAGAUCCUGCAAUUAGAUUUUAAGCCAGCGACGGUCGAAGACGUGUCACUGGAUGCCGAAUUCUAUCUGUGUUUUUUGGAAGUCAUUUACUCUAUUUUCUGUCACAACUGUAAAGACAUUAACGAACUACGUUAUUUUGCCGCUCUUUUAUUCCCCUUAUACAUCAAACCGAUCGAGGAAGGCACGGUCUUACCCAACGAAAAAGCCAAACUAUUUAAAUAUGCACAACCUUAUUUUGCAGAGGCGACCGAAAAAUUAUACCUGCGUGAAAUAUCUAGUGCUGAAUGGUCGCAGGAAACAAAGGACCUCGAUGACACAUUAGGCUCGUUCUUAUCUUCAAAAGUAGGUCGUGCCGAAUUUGAGUUGCCGUUUUACACCCGAUUCUUGCUGAUUGCUGCUUACCUGGCAUCGUACAAUCCACCGAGGUUCGAUGUGCGUUAUUUUGCAAAAGCCAGCGAGGAACGAAGCAAAAAGAAGGGUGGGGGUACACGUAAAGGAGGGCGUGUGGAUAAAUUGGGCGGGAAAAUGCGUCAACAGUUAUUGGGACCCAAAAUCUUUCCGGUAGAAAGAAUGUUGGCCAUCUUUUAUAGUAUCUUGGAUGAAACCUUGGAAGAUACAAUUGAUAUUCAAUUACAAAUCACCAGUCUCACCACAUUACGACUCUUGGUGAGAUCCACUUCCAUUGAUCGUUUAGAUGGUGCCAAAUACAAGUGCAAUGUGAAUUUCGAAUUUAUCAAGACAGUAGCUAAAACUGUACGAUUUGAGAUUGACAAGUAUCUUUACGAUUUCUGCUAGAAUGUUGAUGAGGAGGGGU